AUGCAACAAUUUGGAUCCCGGAAGGAAAAGGCCAAUUACUUCCAUACCCUCUCCUCCGUCCUGUUUGCCUUUAAGGACAAGAGUUUAGUGAUUGAUCUCAAGAAUGAAACAACAGUUUGUGGGAUUGUUGAAGAAGUUGAUGGAUUUAUGAAUGUUGAUCUGAGAGAAGUUGUCUUUGUGGAUGAAAAAGGGAAGCAGCAUCUCUUUGAUCAGUUCUACGUGCCAAAGAGGAAGAUUCGCUACGUCCACCUGCCCAAAGAUGUGAGUUUUCUCAUUAUCAACAACAAUUUCAUUCAACUGCCGCGAAUCAAAAUGAGAUCAAUCGAUACGGUAGCAAUUUAUUAUUGUUUUUUGACAAUGCGCGAUGAGGAAAAUGCUCUAUGA